UGUGUGUGUGUGUUUAUGCGUGCCAAUCGACGUCGCGCAGAUUGCUCGGUGCAACCAGGUGCAACUUCAAUGGCCGAAUAAACGUUGCUGCCGUUGAGCUGUUACUGAUGUUAUUAAACUGGCAUAGAAGGAGCAAACAUGAUAGGCAAGCAGAAUCAACCGGUUGACGAUGAAGACAAUCAGUCACGAAUAAAAUUGAUAGCGAACAAGCGGAAGUCGUUGGAGGAGAGAACCGCUCAGAUUCAGGCAGAGAUUAAAAGCUGCUUCAAGGAGCUAACAGAGACUCUACAGUCCAGAGAAAAACAAUUGCUGCGUCAGGCAGAAGCUAUUCACAGACAACAACUCUCACUGGUAGAAACAUCGCUGGACUUUCUGCCAUCUUCGAUAGCAGUCUUGAAUGAUAAAAAUGAGCUGGAAGAGCAAAUACGUCGGUUUGGUAAUAUCGAGAUACACGGAGUAAAUGGUAUUACAGUGAAAGACGUGGAGCCGUACAAAGUCGCAGACUAUCAGGAUGCUAACAAGGAUCACGUCAGUUUCGACAAGUCGAUCACAUGCCAAAAGAUGCAAGAUCACUUGAGGCUUCCGCGUUGCAAAGACUUCGUGUCUGAUUACAAAACUUUACGUAUCUCGAGCUUUUCACCCACUUUUCUAAUCGAGAAUCAUCUGCGAGACGCACGAAAUGUGAAAAACAACGCGUUAUUGCAUCUCAACGACACCGUAUCCUUGUCAGAAUGCUCACCGUUUUUGAUCAUAAAACGUAAACUCGGCUUAACACACGUGUCCUUGGACGGCUUGCACGCCUUCGACAGGGCAUAUCCGCGGAAUAUACGAUCUUUUGAAAUAUCCUCAGAUUUGUGUGAGCUGCAAGAUUUGGCAAAUGAAACAACAGAAGACGAUUUGCAAGAAAUCGAUAAAGAAGUCACGAGUCAGGAUGACGGCGAAGUGAUUAUCGAAUAUCCGAAAGAGCGGGAGAAGGACCAUGAACAUCCAAUGCAGGUGCAACAAUGGCUACGACAGAUUCUCGCGGAGACUGAAAUAGAACCCGCGAUUCACGAAAUCGGACAGUUUUCGGAGAUAUCCAACGCAAAGCUCUGCAAUGAGCUGUAAUAGCAUUCGCCGGCGUUUUGAUUGGGGGCCAAAGUUUCCAAAGCCAUGGAAAGUGAAACCGAGAAGGCUGAUCUACCUUAGACUUACACAUACUGAAUAUUUUUAAUUUAUACGACUUUUACGUAAAGUCGACCGAAUGAUGCGAUAUUCCUUUUCGUAAUCAAAGAAAAACGCAAGAAAAGAUUGAUCACGACAAAGUGAGAGAAAGAGAAAAAAGGGAGAGAGGGAGUACAAGAAAAAAAUUUAUUGUGCACAUCGAUUGCGAUAAACUUCAGUAUUUCGGCGACAGAUGCACCCAUCAUGGUAUUCUUUGUUUUAUACAAGAAAUGUGUUCGUCGUUCACGAAAUAUCGAACAAGUCGAUUAGUGCCCUUUCGAAAAAGUGUUGCUUAAAAUGUCCGAAUUA